AUGACUACCUCCUUCCUGCAGUUUACUGAAGAAAAGUUGGGCCAGGCUGAGAAGACUGAACUAGAUGCCCACUUUGAAAACCUUCUGGCCAGAGCAGACUUCACAAAGAACUGGACAGAGAAGAUCUUGCGUCAGACUGAGGUUCUGCUACAGCCAAACCCUAGUGCCAGAGUAGAAGAAUUCCUCUAUGAGAAGCUUGACCGGAAGGUGCCUUCCCGGGUCACCAACGGGGAGCUGCUGGCACAGUACAUGACAGAAGCAGCUAAUGACUUUGGGCCAGGGACACCUUAUGGGAAGACCUUGAUAAAAGUUGGAGAGACUCAAAGGCGCUUAGGUGCAGCAGAACGGGACUUCAUCCACUCUGCCUCCAUCAACUUCCUGACCCCGCUGCGCAACUUCCUGGAAGGGGAUUGGCGAACCAUAUCUAAAGAGCGGAGGAUCCUGCAGAACCGCCGCCUGGAUCUGGAUGCCUGCAAAGCCAGGUUGAAGAAAGCCAAAGCUGCUGAGGCAAAAGCAGCGGCAGAACAGGAGCUGAGGCUCACGCAGACUGAGUUUGAUCGACAGGCAGAGGUGACACGUCUCCUGCUGGAGGGGAUCAGCAGCACGCAUGUGAAUCACCUUCGCUGUCUCCACGAGUUUGUGGAGUCCCAGACCAACUACUAUGCUCAGUGUUACCAAUACAUGCUGGACCUGCAGAAGCAACUGGGCAGAUUUUCAGGCACAUUCGUAGGCAACGCAGAAUCCACAUCUCCUCCCCCAGCUGCUACCUCUCUUCCAGCUGUCGCUGCUGCCACGCUCCCUGCUGUGCCUACUAUUCCAGUUGUGCCCACGAUUGUUGGGGUGCCUAACACCGUGGCAGAGAGUGUCCUGAACCCAAAUGAAGUCAAGCCUCCUGCCAGUGGGACACGGAAGGCCAGAGUCCUCUAUGAUUAUGAAGCAGCUGACAGCACCGAGCUGGCACUUCUUGCAGAUGAGAUGAUCACUGUGUACAGCCUGCCAGGCAUGGAUCCAGACUGGCUCAUAGGGGAAAGAGGGAACCAGAAAGGGAAAGUUCCUGUCACUUACUUGGAACUGUUAAGUUAAAUGUCUCCAGGAAGAAGAAUGUACAAGCAGAACGCACCCCUCAUCUGGCACUUCUAAUGCGGAUUUCUUCAUCCGAGACCAUUGCUCUCUUCAGGGUUGACACUCCAUUGCUAAUACGGGAAUUGUGGGAAAGAUGUGGUAAAACUGUUACAGUAAGGCUUUGGAAAGGGCUGAUGGCACCCCAGGCUGAAUUCGUUAACUACCAGUGCAGCCUGCUUUGAGGUUAGUCUUGAUGGCGCAAGAUUCCCUCAUUACUUUUUCUACCCUACCGUAGUCUUGUUUAUCGCAGUGGCUUCCCCAGGGCCAGCAAGCUGUCUCCCUCAGCAGCUGCUCACGGAGUUUAAGUUACACUUCCCUUGUGUCUGGUGUGCGUUAGUGCCUGUCUGCCCCUCCCGUCCUCUCCGUUCUUCAGCAGUAGAAUUGCCCAAAUCAAACCAUCGAGCAUUCCAGUGGGGAAGCGUCCCACACAAACCCUCUGACAUGUUCUAGCUCUUAAGGCAAGGAAGCUGAAUCUAAGAAUUAACAGCCUGUUAACCCGUCCACCUUGCUCACCUGUGGGAGAACAGUAAUGCAGGGCUCUCUAAGAGCCACGCUUACUAUCGUGGUGCCCGAUGGCUUCAAUCUAGAACCGUCCCCUGAAGCUGGAAGGAAAUGUCUUUGUGAAGACCAACCUAAUAACGUAGGGCCUGUAUGUCAAAAACCAAACCUCAGUGCAAGGGACCAUGCAUCUUGCUUGCAUUUCCUCUGAGAAACUGCUCUUGGACUGCAAAGAGUUUACAAGCCUUUUUACAAGCUUUGCUCCCGGUGUUAAUUGUCCAGGCUUUUCUUUCAGUGCGUCUGUUCCAGGCAUGUUUUAGCCUGACUUUAUUUUCACCCUAGAUCACUGAUUUAACUAAUAUUUCCCCUCCCAUCUCAGCAAGUGAACAGACUUGGUGCAUCCUAGUACAGUAAGGGGUAGUCCCACUUGCCGUUAUCGCCGAGAAUGAGCAAUUCCUGGCCAUACACACACUAAACAAUCCAGGCUGCCCUUGAUGUACGUGGUGGUUUAGCUCGAAGGGAGUGCUCAGGUGUGUAUGCCUUUUAAUCCUAUAAUGAGCUUUUUAGCUAGAGCUCGCCUAAAGGACUUCUGCUGCUGUGUAACUAGUUUUCACUCAAGCUGGAUGGAAGAGACUCACCUGCACCAAGCUCUCUGUUCACUACCCUUCCCCUCGGUAUGUCAAAACUAACUUUGCUCGUUUGUUGAUCUUUUUGCACUUUCCCCAAUGGUGUCGUGACCACUCUAAUGUAACAGGGCACUGAGCACCUGUGUAUGUAGGGCUCAUGGUUUUCAGCACUUAUUUGCCAAUAAACAAACUGCCUGAC